GUCCGCCCAGGGAGCCGCGGUGCGAAGCCGAGGGCUUGCUGACAGCUGGGAGGGCGUGGACUGCGUCACGACCGUGUAACUGUCGCCCUUUGCUGGAGCGUCCCUGGGGACGGGCUUCCUGUCUUCCUGGAAAAGGCAGAUCCAAGUGUGAUUUGGGGAGAGGCAAUGAAGCAAACCUGAACUCCCAAAAAUAGUCUCAGGAUCGCACCAUUAGAAAGAAAAUUUUUUUAAGAAACAGCCGGACUUGAGCUCUUGGCAUUUCACGAAGUGACUUUCUAGAGACAAAACUUCUAAAUCUUUUCCUCGCACUUGGCGAUGCUCCUGGCUGGUGUGAGGCGAGGGACCUGGAGCCAGAACCACCUGCUGUGGGCCGUGAUGUCUUGAGGGAGCUGCAGGCAGGGGAGGAAGGGGACACCGGCCCAGAAGGCGCCGCACGCACGAGACCUUGGGAGAAGGCAUGGCUUCCAGAGAGGAGAGUAAGAGCGCGCACAGGGUGCUGAGAAUAAGUCAGCUGGAUGCACUUGAACUCAACAAGGCCCUGGAGCAGCUGGUUUGGGCCCAGUUCACUCAGUGCUUCCACGGAUUUAAGCCCGGGCUGUUCGCGCGCUUCGAACCAGAGGUGAAAGCGUUAUUGUGGCUUUUCUUGUGGAGAUUCACCAUUUACUCUAAAAAUGCCACUGUGGGCCAGUCCGUUUUGAAUAUUCGGUACAAAAACGAUUUCUCCUCGAACCCGAGGUAUCAGCCACCGAGCGCGAAUCAGAAGGUCUGGUACGCCGUCUGCACCAUCGGGGGGAGGUGGCUGGAGGAGCGAUGCUAUGACUUACUUCGGAACCGUCACUUAGCGUCGUUCGGAAAAGCCAAACAGUGUGUGAAUUUUAUGGUUGGACUUUUGAAAUUAGGUGGGUUGAUGAAUUUCUUGAUUUUCCUUCAAAGGGGCAAGUUUGCAACUUUGACAGAGCGUCUCCUAGGCAUCCGUUCAGUAUUCUGCAAGCCCCAGAGGGCGCGUGAAGUUGGCUUUGAGUAUAUGAACAGGGAACUUCUCUGGCAUGGUUUUGCCGAGUUUCUCAUUUUCCUCUUACCACUCAUCAAUAUCCAGAAGUUGAAAGCCAGGUUAUCUUCGUGGUGUAGCCCUCUUCGUGGUGCCCCUAACAGCGACAGCACAGUAGCCGCCAGAGGCAAGCAGUGCUCCCUGUGUGGGGAGUGGCCCACCAUGCCCCACACCAUAGGGUGUGAGCACGUCUUCUGCUAUUACUGCGUGAAGAGCAGCUUCUUAUUCGACAUGUCCUUUACGUGUCCUGCGUGUGGCACAGAGGCACACGGCGUGCAGGCGCUGAAAUCGGGGAUCGAGAUGUCCGAAGUGAAUGCUGUUUAGAAAGUAAAAUUGUUUCUUCUGAGGAAAACUGCAUUAUGUUGAAAUUCUUAAUAAUAGUCAUCCUGAGUACACCGCUUGGGUGUCUCUGAGUGCCUGUGCUCCUCUGUCCUCUGUUCCUUGCCAGGCGUGACUAAAUCCCAAUCACCGGGAUCCACGUGAGUCUAAAUAUAUUCUGUAUGUUUCUUAAUUAUUGCAUUCAUUAUUCUUUAAUUUAAUUUAAUUCAUUAUCCUUUAAUGUCAAGAAUAAUGGACAGUUUUGUCAGAUGACUACUAAGAAUGUUCCCUCAUUUUGCUCCUUCGUAGAAAAAGGUUAGACUAAAAGUAAACGAUUUUGGAGACUCUGGGAUGAGUGUGCAUUUAUUUUUGGAGAUGGUGUUACAGCAUCAUAGUCUCACAGUGAUAAGAUCUGUCAUUUUAAACCUUACGAUCCGGUGGCCUGGUUGUAAUUCUGAGCUUUUCUCUGGAGCCAGUUCGUGACGGGCUCUGUGGGCUCCGUUCUCAGGCAGAACGAUGUCACCGGAAGCUGAUGACAUGUGUUCUGCCAGCCUUCUGCCCCCUGGAGUCCGAGCUUCUUGCCUAGAAUUCGGCGGAGUCCAAGCGCCCCCUCCCCACGGCUAGGCGGCAGGGUCAUCCUCAGAGGAGAAGCUGGGUGGCUGUCUUCACGCGUGUCACCUUUAGUGCUCUCUCCCCAUUGUUUUUCUGUAUAGUUUCUCUUUUUUGGUUUUCCUUGCUCAUGAGAAUACUUGGCAGGCGACACGCCAGCAAAGCUCUACUCGCGAGCUGGCCCCUCCAGUCCCCAUUGACAGGCCGCUUCACUUGGAAUAGAGUUCCGGUGAACUGUCACCAGCCAGUUAAAAGUAACAGGUAAGAGGGAGGCAGAAAACUAGGUUAAGCAGGUGUGUUUACAGUAAUAAGAAAUAAUAAAACCGGGUAUCAACUAAAAAGAACUAAAAAAGGAAAACUAUAAUCUGGUGACAUUUAGAGUAGGGACACCAGGCUCUGAGGACUAACAGAACAGUAAUUGUGGUUUAAAAAGUGAUUUCAGAUCAUCAGUCUGUAUCAUUUGGUUAAGAAGGCGGGGACAUUAAUAUAUUCAAGGAAGCCUUCAAAAUGAGUCGGCAAUUGAGGACAAAAACUGGUUCAUUUGGGACAUUUGCUUUUAACAAAAAGCUAUUUUUCCUAACAGCACUCGUAAGUGAAGUGUUACUGUAUUACGAAAAGGUAUUUUCAGCAACAGAACAAUUCCAGACGUACUUUUUAGGCACAUAGAUCAACUGUAUUGUCUGUAGAACUGGCUCUCGACGGCCCGCUGCAGAGAAACCGAAUGCGUAGUGUGCAUAUUCACCACAGGCGAGCCGGCAAGUAUUUCGCUUGUAUGUCUGCUGUUUUUUUCUUCAAAGAGCACAUAAAUCAUGAAACAACACAAUAUGCCUUCAGGUUUCUAGGCUGUCUCUUAUUUUCUCCUAAAAUUUUUGAGAAAAAGCUUAUGGUUCUAAAAUGUCAUCUACAAAAACCAAGUGAGCACCAUUUUGCACAACGGCCUUCAUGGAGUCCCGCCUGGAGCUGUCAUCUUGGCAAUGAAAACAAGUCCAAUGAGGUGGAACCAGGUCCUGCCCGAGGCAGGAAAUGCAGUCCAGAACCCAGUACGUGGGUCACUUUCCUUCUCAGUAGCAGGAGGCUAACGUGUCUUCAACAGGGUCACCUCCUUCCUUUGCCGAAAUCCCCAAAGGCAAUAAAACAUAAAUCUACUUAGUUAAGCUGAUUUUAAAAGCAGAUGGGUGUGGAAAUGUUUGUAUCUAUGGACCUUAAGAACUUAUCUCAAGGAGAUGGUAAGAAUUUGGAUAUGGAUUUACUGAAGUGUUCAAUAUGGCACUGUCUAUAAUAAAGAUAUGUUUCAACAAUAGGGGAAUAAACGAAGUAGGACAGCUAUUUAAUUGACUCAAGAAUGUUAUAUAAAUGCCAUGGAAAAUAAUGUUAUGCAAAAAUAUAUGUGAAUAAUUUUAAUGCAAAAGUGUGCAAUACAAUAUUUAAAAGAAGUAGUAUAUUACAUACUAUAUGAUCUGAACUAUGAGAUAAACAGGCAUAUGUUUAUAUUUAAUAAAAUGUUUCUGGGUAAUUCAA